AUGCCACCCCCCCAAAAGGUAGCCAUAAUCGGCCUCGUAACCGCCAAGACCCUGGUCCACAAUGCCCCACCGGGAACCUUCCAGCCUACUGUUUUCGAAAAGCGCGAGAGAGUCGGUGGGCUUUGGGGUAUAGAUCUUCCUCAACGUGAACCUGAGGCUGGAGUUGAGGCUGAGGGUUUGGUGCCCGGUCUCAUGCGCACGAAUCUUAGUCGGUUUACGGUUGCGUUUUCGGAUCUUGAUUGGGAGGCUACUGUUCUUGAUGGCGGGGGAGAUGGUGAGGGUGGGGGUGAGAGUGAGAGUCUGCCGAUGUUCCCUCGUGCGUGGCAGGUCGGGACUUAUCUGAGCAAGUAUGCGGAGCUGUAUCUUCCUCCCGGGGUUUUGAGGUUGGGUUGUGAGGUUGAGCGGGUGGUGAAAGGGGCGGAGGGGAAGGGGUGGGUUGUGCGGUGGGUUGAGCGCGGGUUAGCUCGCUCCGAGUACUUCGAUUACCUGGUCGUCUCGUCGGGGUACUUCUCCCGCCCCUAUAUCCCCGAUAUCCCUGGGCUCGGGCUCGGUGUUCCUGCGGAUACGACUGUCCACAGCUCUGCGCUGCAGAGUGCGGCGGAUGUGCAGCGGUUAUUUGGGCGGGUGAGAGGAUCAGGUGGAAAGCUGCUGGUUGUUGGGGGCAGUAUGUCUGGUGUAGAGGCUGCGUCGAAGUUGGCUUUGCAUCUCUCUUCGAUGGAUUGUGCCCUUGGGGCGUCUUCAACACUACCGAAAGAGCAAUUCGAGCUACACCACGUUUGUUCGCGGCCGUUCUGGACGGUUCCGACUUAUCUGCCCCGCAAGUCUGUGCUAGGUUCUAAUCAAGAAACCACUGUGCCUUUCCUGCCUCUUGAUCUCGUCUUCUACGACCUCGCCCGCCGCCCACCAGGGCAAGUCGAGUACGGGCUCGGCCUUCUGACCCGCGAGCAAAUCUCCAAGACAAACACAUACUUCAGCGAGCUACUUGGCAGUGAUUAUACGCGGACAGGAAGCGUGGGGGUUACGAGCGAGAACAACCAGACGAGUCCUCAGCCGUCAUGGAUAGCCAUUGGGAACGACUACGCCGAGUACGUGCGUGCUGGGACCAUCAAUACCACCAUCGGCCGGGUAGCGGCCAUUAGUCAUGCCCAUUCUUCGAGCGCUCAUGCAAGCGUAGAGAUCAAGCUUCCAACAGGCGAAAGUAUGGUGCUCGACGACGUCGCCGCAAUCAUCCUCGCAACAGGCUUUACGCCUUCCGAAUCACUCGCCUACCUCCCGCCCGCCGUCCUCUCCACCCUCGAAUACUCACCGCACGACCCCUUCAUCCCGCUGAUCCUCGACAACAAAGGAACCACACGCGCCGAGAUGCCCGAUCUGGGCUUCGUCGGCUUCUACCGCGGCCCUUACUGGGGCGUCAUGGAAAUGCAAGCCCGCAGUCUGGCCGCGCGAUGGACCGCGCACGCCACUGCUUCCGCUGACGACCACCCACCUUCAUCCCUAGCUCUCGCAAGAGAAAGUGAAAGGGCGAAACUGCGCCAAAUCCGCAGGCCCAGCAAAGCUAAUCCAGACAUAGCAGCAGUUACAGCAGGGGCACCGGCCCAACGCAGCCAAUUCCCAAUGGGCGACUACGUAGGCCUAAUGGAGUCUUUCGCGCGCGAGCUCGACAUCCCGCGCACGCCGCUCUUCCCAUUGAAACAAGAACCUCCCAGCGCACAAACCCCCCCCAGCAAAGAAAACAAGCAACCCCUCAACCCAAUAAUCCCAGCAAGAUACCAACCCCACCCUCAACCUCACACACCCAGGAAUACAACGCCAGCACCCAGCAAAAUAGACCACGAUAUCACCCUCACCACCGAGCAAGUAACCAAAACCCUAACCUCCCUCCGCAAGACGCUCUCCCCACCCCGCACCACAGGAGACCUCAGCACCGCGACCGCGAUCUUCAGAGCUCUGCAUGGUUCCUGGGUUUUCUCGCGGACGGAACCGCGAUCUGAGUGGUCUACAAGACUUACAGCUCCUACUACUGCAGGACGAAGGAGAGGCUAUGCAACCUUCUAUCCCCGGUACACUACAGCCCCGGGAUAUGAGAAGGAGUAUCUCUAUACUGAGACCUGCCCUCGGCCCCAGACGUCCGAUCUCGAUUUAAGGGAAUCAUGUAAGAAGUACAUUGAGAGCAGGAGAGCUGUGUAUAGGCUUCUCGGUGAUGGCUCGGAUGAACUCAACGGCCAGAUCCGUGUGUGGAAUGCGGGUGGUGAAUACGAUAGUGGAGGAUAUGAUGACGGCAGUGGUGGUGACGGUAGGGACGGCAGGCCUGUACCCGUGUCUUCCGUGGGGAGAUUUUCUCAUGGAAUGGAGGUCCGGCCGGCGAGGGUGAUUGCGGGUUAUGAUGAUGAUACGGCUAAGAUGGAGAAGGACAUGGGUUCGGAAAUGUAUGUGGUUUGUGCGAGCGGGAGGGGUGGUGAGCAUCCCUCGCAAAAGUGGGAAUAUAGAUUCUAUCUCGAAGGGGUGUCUGUUGUGCGGUGGGAGUGUGUGUUGCGUGAGGAAGGGUUGGACUGUGGUUCAGGGGGUGGUGGUAGGAUCACAGAGACGGUUUAUGUGCGCUGAUAUAGGAUGAAAGUGGAAGUGGAACGGGUGACCAUGACCGACCUUGGUCAAGCGCGUGGAAGAGAGGGC